GUGUGUUUACACAGUCACCAUGGCAACUGAAAGAUGGCUGGUACGGUCUGUCUUGUUAUCGUUUCUGGUGACAGCCUGCCUUGCACAGAAUAGAGAGUCAACUGCGACAGAAAAUUUGAGAUCCUCUUAUGAUUAUAUAGUCGUGGGUGCCGGGUCAGCAGGAUGUGUUGUGGCAGGUCGUCUGUCAGAAGACAGGGGCGUCUCCGUGUUGUUGGUAGAAGCUGGUGGAGACGACAGGGGGAACCCUUUACUGACAAUCCCAGCGCUGGCUGCACUCAACAUAGGGUCCAGUGUAGACUGGGGCUACGUUACAGAACCACAGCCUGGCAUCAUGGGAGGAUUGAUUGGUGGGCGUUCGUACUGGCCUCGUGGUAAAGUCCUAGGCGGUACUGGCAGCAUCAAUGGCAUGCAGAUAACUCGAGGCUCCAGACACGACUUUGACAGGUGGGCCAGGUACGUCAGAGAUAACAGCUGGGACUACAACCAUGUCUUACCUUACUUCAAGAAGCUGGAGGACAUGCUGGUGUUGGAACUCAGGAACUCAGUCUAUCAUGGACGGGAUGGACCUAUUCCCGUGACACACCCCGACCCCCAGCCCAUCGUACCCAAACUACUGGAGGCGGGUCUUGCUGCGGGAUACACAAUAAAUCCAGAUUACAACGGGGAGACAAUGGACGGUAUUACCAGGACACAAAACAACAUCAAAUUCGGCCAGAGAUGGUCAACGUCCAGAGCUUACAUCCACCCAGCGUUAAACAGGACAAACCUUCACGUCUCGCUCAACUCUACUGUCACCAAAAUCAACAUAGACUGGCUAAGAGCAAACGGUGUUGUGUUCACGAAGAACGGUAAAACCUACACUAUAGGGGCCAGGCGAGAGGUCAUCCUAUCUGCUGGGGUCAUCGGCUCUCCACAGAUUCUCAUGCUGUCUGGGAUUGGCCCUAGGAAACAUCUGGAAGAUUUAAAGAUUAGAAUAAAGCGAGAUCUUCCCGUAGGCUACAACCUCCAAGACCACAUUGCCUUUGAUGUAGGGGUCAAAAUAAACGAGUCGCUGACCAUCUCUAGAAGAAAGUUAAGCGACCCAGCCACAAUUGCUCAGUACACUGUCAACGGUACAGGUCCGCUAGCCACAAGUAUGGCCGAAGUUUUUGCCUUUAAGUCAACCACCAACACCACUGACAUGCCGAAUCUUCAUUUAGAGUUUGCGCUCAUCCUCUCUAAUACUUCAGAAAAUACAUUCGGCUACACUCCAGAUGUUUUGGCUCUGAUGUCCAAGAGAAACACAGCAGAAUACGGGUUUUUGUGUAUUGCUUCGGUAAUAAGAACCAAGAGUCAGGGGAGGAUAACUCUUAGGUCAACAGAUCCCAAUGCUAAACCGAUAAUCUAUGCCAAUUAUUUUAAUGUCAAGUCUGACCUUGACACUUUAGUGGACGGUAUCAGAGAGUGUGAAAAGAUUGUCAACACUAGCACCAUGCAGGCUAUCGGGGCUGAGUUAACUGACAACACACCUUCCCCCCAUUGUUCUAACUUCACGUUCAGAUCUCGUCAGUACAUGGAGUGUCUGGUCAAAUAUCGGCCAGUCAGCAACUAUCACCCCGUGGGGACCUGCAAGAUGGGACCCAGAGGUGACCCUACGGCCGUGGUGGACUCACAGCUCAGAGUGAGAGGCGUGCGUGGUCUUCGUGUGGUGGACGCCUCUAUAAUGCCAGACAUUGUGUCAGGGAACCCACAGACAUCCGUCAUCAUGAUCGCCGAGAAGGCGGCGGACCAUAUUAAAACGGCGAGGUGGUUUAAUUUCAAAUAAUUUCCAAUCUCUUAUCAAGGAGAGUUUAAAAAUGGAAAU